UUUCACAUGAUGCUGUGCUUUGGAUGUGACCUUGUCUGUGGUCAUGCUUACACCUACUUAGGCUUCCAUGCGCUCUCUGGGUAAUGAAUUCAGAAAAACACACUCCUCACUGGAUGAGACAGCACGCUACACUCAAACGAUGCCAUGUUACUUGGCGAUGAAGCUUUUGAAACCCGGUUACCAGACUCUAUCAACACAUACUCAUCAACGAGACCACGCAUGCAAAUACUGUGGAAAAUUGUUUUCCUUUGAGUGCCGUCUCCGGGCACACGUAGACGCUGUACACUUGAAGAAGCGGCCGCACAGGUGCGAGCAUUGUGGCGCAGGCUUCUCUCGAAAGACUAUGCUGAGAAGACAUCUCAACGCAUUGCAUUUGAAAGAACAACCCCAUACGUGUGACCGCUGCGGUAAGUCGUUUCCCGCAAGGGGCGCUUUGCAAAGGCACAUCGGUUUUGUUCAUUUGGAAAAACGCCCCCAUGCGUGUGACCGCUGUGCUAAAUCGUAUCUCAAAAAGGACACUUUGCGAAGGCACAUCAGUUUUGUUCAUUUGAAUGAGAAAAAGAAGAGUACCAAGGACGCGACUUCGGAUUACCCCACUGAUGAAUCCCCUACGAAUCAUAACACAGUUGCACAAAUGGAAUCAAAGCAGGAGAGACAAGUACAAGUCUCCUCAUAA